AUGACUGUCACCCAAGCCACCACGACGCCCCUUGUGGUCCUCGUCUCAACGCGUGCCGUCCUCACCGCUGCUGAAGAUGACCUCGUCCUCACCCCCGCCACGAUAACAGUCUCUCCCGACACCGGCAAGAUUGUGAAUAUCGUUCCCGCCGUCCUCCCCAGGACUUCUUUCCCUGCCUCGACGAUCUACAUCGACUACGGCUCCAAGCUCCUGCUCCCCGGCCUCGUCGAUGCCCACGUCCACCUCAACGAGCCCGGACGCACGGAAUGGGAAGGCUUUUGGACCGGCACAAGGGCCGCUGCCUCUGGUGGCGUGACGACCGUUGUUGACAUGCCCCUCAACGCCAUCCCGCCCACCACGACAGUGGCCGGGUUCAGGGAGAAGCUCUCGGCGAGUCAAGGCCAGUGCUGGGUCGACGUUGGUUUCUACGGCGGAGUGAUUCCCGGAAACGCAGAUGACCUGUUGCCUCUUGUUGAGGCCGGUGUGAGAGGCUUCAAGGGCUUCCUCAUCGAGUCGGGUGUCGAUGAAUUCCCCGCCGUCUCCUCGCAAGACGUGGCCCUGGCCAUGGAGAAGCUCAACGGCACGCCCACCACGCUUAUGUUCCACGCCGAGAUGAUCCCGCCCAUCGCCGACUCGGUAGGCGACGCCGUCCAGCAGUCCGAGCCGCCCCUCGCCCCAACCGGCGAGCUCAACUCCUACCAGACCUUUCUCGAGUCCCGCCCGCCGUCCUUUGAGACGUACGCCGUCGAGGAGAUUCUAUCGCUCGCGCACCUCGCGCCGGACCUCCACCUGCACAUCGUCCACCUCUCGGCCACGCAGGCCAUCCCCCUCCUCAAGGAAGCCCGGGAAAAGGGCAUCAACAUCACCGCUGAGACGUGCUUCCACUACCUCGGCUUCGCCUCGGAGGACAUCGCCGACGGUGACACGCGCCACAAGUGCUGCCCGCCCAUCCGCGAGCGGUCGAACCGCGACGGGCUGUGGGAGGAGCUGGUGGCCGCGGACUCGUGCAUUAAGACCAUCGUCUCGGACCAUUCCCCCUGCACGCCACAGCUGAAGCUGCUCCCGAGCCACCUCGAGGCGUCGCCCGCAGCCGAGGACGCCGACGCGCCCAACAUGCACCAUUCGGACUCUGGUGUCGACAUGACGAUCCCCGGCGAGAGCGUCGACAAGAUCAUUGCCGAGAAGACGCUCGAGGAUGCGGCGCUGGCCGUGGCGGACGCCAGCUCGCGGGGUGACUUCUUCGCCGCGUGGGGCGGCAUCUCGUCUGUCGGCCUGGGGCUGCCGAUUGUGUACACGGCGGCGAGGGCGCGCAUCGCCGCCGAGGGCAAGGAGACCGCGGCGCCGUCCAUCGUGGACAUUGUGCGGUUGUGCAGUCAGGCGACCGCAAAGCAAGUCGGUCUGGCGCACCGCAAGGGCGCGCUCAAGGUUGGCAUGGACGCCGAUAUCUGCGUCUUUGACGACGCCGACGCGUGGACGCUGCGGUCUGGGGACAUACGGUGGAAGAACCGGUGCUCGCCAUGGGAGGGCACGAGUUCGCGGGCCGGGUGCGGGAGACGUGGGUGCGCGGCCGGAAGGUGUUUGAGUACGGUGGCGUGA